CCCCUUUUCCUCCCUUCCUCCCCCCCCCCCAAAGGAGGAUGAACAGUCUCCUGAACACGCUGGCGGGGCUGUCCCUCAGGGAGCCUCCGCCGGGCAAGAUCGAGAUCCUGCAGGACCUCGACCUCUACUACAUCAAGCAGCUCGCCCACAACUUCAAGGAGUAUGACCUGGAGCAGCGCAUCGCCCUGGAGAUCAAGAUGCGGGAGGGCACGACCAAGCUGCUGGCGGCGUGCGGCGGCGCGCAGGGGCCGCGCUCCAACCUGCCGCACACGCUGGAGGCGGCCAAGAACCUCCUCACGUCCAACGAGCGCAUGACCGCCUACAUGGCCGAGCUGCAGCGCCGCCGGGGCGCCUCCCUCUGCGCCGACGGGUCGCAGCCCUCUCUGGCGCGGGUGUGCCUCUCCGACCUCCGAAUGCCGCUCAUCUGGAAGGACAGCGACCACUUCAAGAACAAGGGCGACUAUCGCAGGUUUGCCGUGUUCGUCCUGCUGAAGAUCGGCACCGAAAUCUACGACACGGUCAUGGUGAACCCCGUCGACCGCUCCAUGACCGACAUCUGCUUCGACGACAUCAUUGUCUUCAACGGCAUCCCGUCGGGCUUCGAGUGCAGCCUGGAGGUGUACAGCCACGUGCUGCAGAACGACCUCACGAUGGCCAGCACGCCGAGGAAGCUGAAGCGGACGCUGCACUCGUCCAUCUCGCGCACGGUGGGCCGCAAGCUGGCCGCCUCGCUCAGGGACGAGCUCUCCCACGGCGAACUAGGACCCAAGUUCGAACUGGUUGCCACAGCAAAGUUGAUGCUGGACAAUGUUUCAAACAAUACUGCAACAUUUGACCUGAACAUGGAGAACGUAGAGAACCGAGCAAACCAGUUACCUCUAUUUGGCCACUUCUGCUGUCGUCUCGCUGCUCAGCCUGACUGUGCCACACAGGAAAGAAUUGCAGGAUAUGCACACGUCACGGAAAGUGAACAGCAGAACUCAUGGUGUAGAUUGUUCGGUUGGCAGCUGGAGGUGUGGAAUUCGAAAGAGGAUGUGCAUCUUUCGCCUCAUCAUCCCCUUUCAUUAUCUGUGGACAGGAAUACAGAGGUCACCCUGAAUGGUGCUCAGGUUGUGGUGUCCAACAGUACAGGAUUUGACCGUGGCUCCCUGACACUGGGUCUCGACUCCCCAAGUGAGGCUUCAUCCUGGUACAGGUGUCUACAGCAGCACAUCUCGGAUCACAGACUAUGGGGAGCAGCAGCCGAGGAGGAGAUGGAAAUCCUGACGCCACAGCCCACGCGACACAACUUCAUCUUGCCCAGACGGGGUCGUUUCACCUCCCUCUACGAGGAGACCCCCCUCAGAGAUGGAUCACCAAGCUCUGAGAAGUCCUCCUUGGAUGACAUCUAUGGUUCAUCUGCGUUUGUCAAUAACUACUGCACUCCGGCCCAAGUUACAAGGCCGAGAGCAAUGACUCUGGCUUCAAGGUCCUCUUUCAGGCGAUGGGGCUCAGUCAAGUGUAAUAUGCCCUUCUUCAAGAGCAAGAGUUAGAGACAAAAAACAAAGACAAGUUGCUGUUUUGAAAAUAUUUUGGCAGCCUUACCUUGUAUAUAUUUAUAUAUAUAUAUUUGAUUUUUUUUUUCUCACUUCAUAUUUUGUGUUAAAUUUUUUCUUUUUUUCACUUCUAUGAAUGAACUCUACUUCAUAAUGAGCUAUUUUUUGUACUGUGACUGAAUCACCAUUGUCAACUAUACAGUGACAAGGAUUUUUUUUUCUGAUAUUUCAUCACAAUUGAACUGUGAACUGUAUAUGUCAGUAUCUGAUGUUUGCCCAGUAUUACCCUUCUCUUAUCUGAAAGCACUGCAAAAGAAUGUGUAAGGUUCAUCUCAUAAAUUAGUGAUAUAUUGGAAAAAGUGUCCUAAUGCAAAAGACAAGUGCUGAUCAUGAGUGAAAUCUGGUUAAACUGUGUUGAGUGAAAGAGUUUGCCCCUGUAAGUUGCAUUUAUUGGGUAUUUUCAUUCAUCCAUUCUGUGACACUGAUUUUAAAAGCAGAAGCUGAAAUAUGCAGGUUAUUAUCACAUAACAUUUAUCUUGAGACAGAAGCUUUUGCAGAAAUUGGAAACCCGGUAGAACUUCAGCAGAGGGCACGUCAGAUUUGUUAUUGUUUUCUUUUCCAGUGAUUGUUCAACGUGAACUUAUAGAAAAGUGUGUAGAACAUGAGAAAUGUUUCUAAGGAUAUUCUUUUUAGCAAGAUUAAAAUACUGCUUUUUAAUGUGGAAGCAGUCUUUUCAGAGAAUGUGGUCAUGUUCUGUUUCAGGCAUGGUGUAUAGUCAUGUUGUCAAAGAAAUAUAUUCCUGAAAAUUGAAUGAUUACAGGCAUGGCACUGCAGUAGACAUUUCCCAAGUUGAAGAUUACUAAUUCUUCUCAGCUUACUUUUGGACAGUCAUUUUUCCCCCCCUUUUUUUUCCUUUUCAUGGUUUUUACAGAGUUAAAAGAAAGUUUAUGUAAAAGUAAUGAACCAAUCAUAUUCUUCUUCACCUUUAUUGCUUGACAGACAUAGGUAGCUAUAUAAAGACACCAGAGCAUAUACUUUUAUUACGUCUUUUUUAACUUUGUUGAAAAUGUAUGAGUUAUUUCAGUGAUAGCAAGAAGCCUGUGCUACUGAUUAACCUGGCUCAAGUGUAUUGUAUUAGCAUAAAUAUUUAUGUAUUUUUAUAUAUGUAUGUAUAUGUAUACACAUUCUGUGAUGCUUUUGUUGCCAUGUGUAUUAGAUAAUGUUUAUUUUGUAGAACUUGCAGCUCAUUGUGCAUAGAGGUUGUAAUACCUGUGCAAUUGAUUGUUUUGUUGAAUGUAAUGUCUACCUAGAGAAGUACAGAGCAUCUACUUACAAUGCGCGAUUAUUUUAACUUUACUUUUUUCUAAAUUUCAUUUCAAGAAAUUUUGCAUGUAGGAUGAAAUUACAAGAGAAAAAUGAAGCCAUUUUCUUUUGAGGGAUCUUCAACACUUUUAGAACAUUGACCAACAACAACAACAAAUCUUGUGCUUUAGAAUGGAGAUGGAUAUAAGAAUUGAAUGAUUUACACUUUUGCUGUUUGUUAUUGACUAGCAUUCAAAGCAAGUUUUUUAUGACAAUGCUUGUUGUGUGGAGUGUAAAGAACAUAUUUAUUCCGUUUUAUUUUAUUAUGGAUAUAACAGAUUUUUGUAAAGUAUAUGGCUAAUACUUAAGAAUAUUGAGAAUUUGAUAUUUCACAUUUCUUGUUUUGACUAUUUUUAUCUCACUGACUUUAUGCACAGAUUACUGUCUUUUCUAUCUUGUUAUUCCUUUAUGUACAUAUGGCAGACAUUAUUUUGCAUGUGAACAUAAUGUAAGAAAAUACGGAACUCUUGAAAGAAGAAUAAAAAACUUAACGGAUGUUAAGAUAUUUAUAUUAGACAUUUGCAUAGCUCAUAUAGUUAGUUAUACAAGAUAUUCAUAUUUUAACACUAUAUGAGAAAAAAAUUUAUAGACAUGUAUUUAGUGACAUGUCAUUAAAGUGGUGACCAGCAACAUUCUUAUUCUGCAUGUUUAAUGCUCUGCCUUUGCUUUGAUCAUGCCCAGGUUUCUUCAAUUGUAGAAAUACAAUACCCUUGUACACUGACUUGGAUGUAAGAGCAGUAACAUUGUUUUGAUAGACGUGUAUAAAUAUAAGAAUAAACUCGAAGUACAGUCCUUAUCUUGUAGAAUAUUAUACCAGCCAUCGAGAAGUACAGUCCUCGUCUUGUAGAAUAUUAUACCAGCCAUAACUUAUUGACUUUAUAACUUGCCUUUCUUGUGUAAAGUUUGCUUUGUAUGGGAUAUGCAAGGUAGAGAAUAAAAUGCAAUCUUGCUGUUAA